CGUUGCGUGUAUGUGUAUUUAAUGCUUUACAAUUAUUUUUGCGAUAAAAUAGAAAUAAAUAAUAUUAAGUUUAUUCUCUUACGAGUGAAUAUCGUGCUAUUGUGAACUCAGUGAACAAGAUUGCAACAUUGGGAUUGUGCUGGCACUCGCAUUUAUUUGGAGAUGGUGAUCCUAAGACGAGCGGAUAUGACAGAGGGACAGUCUACACCUGAGUGGGACAUCAACGACGCCGUAGUACCACGAGUGACCUCGUUCGAUUCAUUUGCCGAAUGGUGUGACGGGCACGUUCGCCGUGUAUACCCUCCAGGCUGCGAAGAGGCCAGACGACACGCAUCUGGUUGGGCAAUGAGAAAUACCAACAACCAUAACGUUCACAUUUUGAAGAAAAGCUGUCUUGGCGUAGUUGUAUGUUCCGCGCGGUGUCGUACCCCUGAUGGAACUAGAGUUCAUAUUCGACCAGCUAUAUGCGAUAAAGCACGGAAAAAACAACAAGGAAAACCAUGCACAAAUAGAAUGUGUCGCGGACGGUUAGAAGUUCAACCGUGCCGCGGUCAUUGUGGUUAUCCUGUAACUCACUUCUGGCGGCACACAGAACAUGCUAUAUUCUUCCAAGCGAAAGGUGCUCACGAUCAUCCCAGGCCAGAAGCAAAAGGUGCCAGCGAAAUAAAACGGUCAUUUGGAUCUGGAAAACGAGUGAGAGGACUCGCUUUAUACUUAUCAAGAGAAACGGCUCCUAUAAAAGGCAAAAUAUUAUCAGUAAAGCCAGAUAAGCCAAUUUCUCAAAAGUUUUGUAAUCCACAUCCGCAGCCGCCGCCACUCAUACCAGAUAACCAACCAGUAAUGAACUGCAGUUGUGGACAGUUUGGCUGCACAUGCCGAUGGCGUUCAGAGCAGACAGAACAAAAUUAUAGCCAAAUGUCAUGGGCACCAGCGGAACCCCAACAAUAUGCUACCUACGCACAACCCAUUGAGUCCGCACCAGCGUUACCCCAACCAUACCAAUACGAAUCCUCAGCACUUCUCACAGAAGAAUCAUUCCAACCUGAACACAUCUUCCAAUUAGAAAAACCUUUAAAUCAAAAUUUCCCCAUUGAAGAAAAUGCCCUAGAAUCACCUUCAACAUUUAUAAACCUUAACGAAAACUCAGGAUCGGAAUAUUGGGAAAGAAUACAAACCGAAGACUGGCAGUUUACCGCCAGUAGUUCGGAAUCAAGCAACACCCCAUCACCAGAAUUGUUCGUUAACAAUUAUCAACAAGCAGAGAUGUACAACGACCAAAACCAGUAUCCAAAUCAAACUUAUUACCCUGAAGAAACGCAAUAUUACCCUACCGGAAGCAACAGUACUUCUCCAGAAAUGCAAAUGCCAGAACAGACAUUUUAUGGUUAUGGUCAAGAAUGCGUUCAAAAUAAUAAUUUAGAGGAAGUACAAUGGAAUUAUCCGUCUUGCGCUUUCCAGUCUAAUAACCCACCAGAGGGCAAACCGUAUUACAACGUACAACAUCAACAGCCUGUACAUACAUUCAAUGGUCUUUUAUAAUAUAAUUUAAAAUAGUCAAAUGAAAUUUGUAUAUAAUUGUAUGUUAUUAUAGUUUUCUUGGUUGUUACUUGAAAGUCCAGUGUAGUUACUCCAGUUGGUAUCUACAACUUAUUGUUUGUUCCUAUGAAUACUUACAUUAUUAUGAAUUUUGGUAAUAAUUAAGAAAUAUGAGGUGGUUU